AUGAACCUUAUGCCACAGAGCAUGCACAACGUCUUUGGCGCUAACGGUAGCCCAUGCCGAAUGAAGUUUGUCAACUUUGAGGCAAAGGAAAACCACACUUCCCAUGAGACACAGGGCCUCAGCACAAGGCACCUGGUGGUGCGACGAGGGAAACCUUUCAAACUGUCUGUGUGGUUUCUCAGCCGCUCGUGGGAUCCUCGCACAGAGUACCUGGUCCUGGAGGUUUGCCUCGGCAAUCGGUCACACAGGAUCCCUGUCCAGUUCUCUGACGAGCUAUCCGACCCCCAAGGCUGGUCAGCCAAAAUCUACCCAUGCGACAUGCAUCCUCAGUCAGUCACCAUCUUCGUCUGCUCCCCUGUUAAUUCCUCAGUGGCUCUGUAUCAGCUCUUGUUCCACAUCGAGUCCUUACAGAACAGAAGGAGCUAUGCAGUGGGAACAUUUGUGCUGCUCUGCAACCCUUGGCUGAAAGAUGACCCAGUGUACAUGCCCCUGGAUGUCCAAAUACAAGAGUAUGUCAAGAGUGAUUACACCCUGUUGUACAUGGGCACCCAUCUAAACAUUAGUAGGCGGCCCUGGUCACUUGGUCAGUAUGAGCCUGGAGUCCUUGAGGCGUGUCUGAAGCUGCUGCAGGUCAGCACGCAGCACCUCAAGGACAAAGACAAAGACUACAUGCUACGAGCAGACCCCGUCUACCUCAGCCGGGUGAUCUGUGCAAUGGUGAACUCUAAUGAUGACCUGGGUAUUUUGGAGGGGAAGUGGCAGGGCAACUACAAAGAUGGAGUCAAGCCUACAGAGUGGAGCGGCAGCGCUGAAAUCAUCCACCGCUGGGUCUCGUCCAACUGCAGCCCAGUGCGCUAUGGACAGUGCUGGGUCUUUGCAUCUGUCCUCUGCACAGUGAUGAGAGUGCUGGGGAUUCCCUCCAGGGUGGUGACAGUUUUUAACGCGGCCCAUGACGGUGAUGGAAACCUGAAAAUUGAAGAAUAUUACUCGACCACAGGGGAAAAGCUCAAACUGUCAAAGGACAGCAUUUGGAACUUCCAUGUGUGGGUGGAGUGCUGGAUGAGGAGACCAGACCUCGGUACAGGGUUUGAUGGCUGGCAGGUAGUGGACCCGACCCCCCAGGAGAAGAGUGCAGGGAUAUUCUGCUGUGGUCCUUGCCCAGUAGUUGCCAUCAAGCGACGUUGCCUCACCGCCCCUUUUGACACCUCGUUCAUCUAUGCCUCUCUUGAUGCUGACGUCAUACGGAUGAUCGUGCGCGAUGGACUGGUGGUGGAGAGGGAGGUGGACACUGAGUCUGUGGGACAGCUGAUCUACACCAAGAGGAUCGGCUCCGACUCACCAGAGAAUCUGACACAGGUUUAUAAGAGCAAUAAAAGUAAGACGACAUGGUAAAGUGUAUCUCCUUUAAAAAGAAGCACAUUUAGAAAACGUGUGUGUUGUAUCUGUAACAUGUUUCAUUUAAGGCAUCUCUUCCCUUCAUCUCCAGGAGAAAUGUCUCCCAGUUUGCAGGUGUCUUUAAGCAUAGAUGGGGAUCUGUCAGUGGGUGAGAGCAUCGUCAUGUGUGUGACGGUCACAAACCAGUCAAGCAGCCCCAGAGUUCUGAUGGAGCACCUCAACGCUCAGCUGAAAGAGUACAACAGCAGCGCACAGGAGAGCUUCUGGAAAUCUCACAGAGAAGUGUACAUACAGCCGGGUGAAGUUCUGACGCUCCAACACACCAUCCCUCCCUCUGAGUACAAGUCAGUCCUGGCAGGUGAUGAUAUUGUGAACAUGGCGGUGGUGAUAAAGGACGUGAAGACCAAAGAGAGAUUCCUGGCAACGCAGGAGUUCAACAUAAGCUCACCACAGAUAACCGUAGAGAUCGAAGGAGGAGACAGCAUCCAGAUGAAGAAGGAGCACACAGCGCACGUGUCCUUCAUCAACCCAUUUACCACAACUCUAUAUGGCGCUGUGCUGACUGUAGAGGGAUCUGGCUUGUUACAGGGCAAACACGACACCAGACUGGUUCUCCUGCAGUCAGGCGAGAAGAUAGAGAAGACGGCGUCCAUCAUGGCGUCUUCACCCGGCACUAAACUGCUGAUGGCCACUUUCUCACACAACAACAGCCCCAAUGUUGUUUCCAGGAGCUUCCAGAAAGUCUUCGUCACGACUGCAUGA